UUCUUCUUGCAAGGGACUGGAUCCGAGAGCGAAGUUUCGGUUCCAUGCCGGUGCUGGAAGCCGAAUCCCAUGGGCCUUGCUCCUGGUGCUGUAAGCAAAUCAGGCGCGCGCGGCACCGCUUCGCCCAGCAGCGGGCCGAUGAGGCGCAGGUGGCGCUGAGGUCGCGGAUGCAGCAGAUUCAGCCGCCGAAGCUGUUCGUCCUCAUCGCUCCACGCAACGUGGGCGAAUUCCUCAGCUUCGAGGAGACCCCGCUGGGGGAGGGGGGCUUCGGCACGGUGUUCCGGGGAAGACCUACGCCGGCGGGGUGCAAGCUGGUACCAGAGCUUCGCCCCAGCAAGUCCUACGCGGUGAAGAUGGUGAAGAAGACAGAGAAGGGUGGACUCACAGAGGAAAUCGGGUACAGCCUCUUGAGCGUGUCCCCGGAGCGACACCUGGAUUUCAUGAACGCCAUGACGGGCCGCGGGCCCUUUGAGAAUGGCAUCAUCGGUUUUAUUGCCGCCUUCAUCCAGCCGCAGUUUGCGAUGUACCAGGUGAUGGAGUUGCUCGAGGGCCCGGACUUGUUCGACUUCUUGGCCAACCGCUCCGCGCGCCUGGAGGAGGUCACCGCCAGGGGCCUGGUGAGGCAGAUGGUGAAGGCGCUGCAUUACAUGCACCGCACCAUUGGGGCGCUGCACCGCGACAUCAAGCCGGAGAACUUUGGGUUCAUCAAGCCCCCCACUGCCGGGCAGCCGCUGCCGGCGCUGAAGCUGUUUGACAUGGGCCUCGCCUGGGUCCUGAAGGCGCCGGUCACGGAAGAGACUGCCAAGAAGAUGCUGCAUGUGAAGCGCUGCGGUACAGCUUGCUACAUGGCGCCUGAAGUCUGGGAUGGACACACCGGACCACCCUCGGAUGUGUGGAGCCUGGGCGUGGUCUCCUUCAUUACAGUCAGCCUGGAGGUGCCUUUUAAGCUGAUGGAGCACAAGCAGCCCAAGCUGGCAGUGCGCGACAACGAGCUGUCCUUCGAGUCUCGAGCUUGGGCCGACGCAAGCGACCAGUCGAAGCAAUUUCUGCAGGGCCUGCUGGACAAAGUGCCAAGCAGCCGCCUGACCACCGGGGAGGCGCUGGCGCAUUGUUGGCUGACCGCCAGCCUGGAGCCCAUUGCUGAAGGCGCCUCGCCCGACAACGGCGUGCUGCCGCCGCUCACCGAGCGCCGCCUGCCGGCGCGUUCUCGGCGCUCUGAGGCGGGGCUCUUCGAGUCCAUGGCUAUGGCCCCCGAGAGCAUGCUGGCCGGGGAGGUGGCGACCUAGGCGACCCAGCAGAUCAUUGCACCGUGUGAGUUGAUGAGAGCAGGGUCGGCCUUUUUGACCCCCUGGACACACAUGCCGU